AUGAUCAAAUUCAUCCCUCUCUCCCUCCUCCUCCUUCUCCUCCAUUCCUCCGCCGCACCCACACCCACCCUCUCCAUCUCACAACAAUUCAAAGAAGCCCCACAAUUCUACAAUUCGCCGGAAUGCCCUUCAACUGACCACACCGACGAUGGUUCAACAGUACAUGUCGCCAUGACUCUUGACGCCGCCUACAUCCGUGGAUCAAUGGCCGCCAUACUCUCCGUCCUUCAGCACUCCUCCUGCCCGGAAAACAUAAUCUUCCACUUUGUCACCUCCGCUUCUUCCAACACGUUUCUCCUACACGACACCAUUGCUAACUCUUUUCCUUAUCUAAGAUUCAACGUCUACCCUUUUGAGGAUUCACUGGUGGCCGGACUCAUCUCCACCUCCAUACGCGCCGCCCUUGACUGCCCACUCAACUACGCCCGGAGCUACCUCGCUGACAUACUCCCUACCCAUGUCCGUAAAGUGGUGUACCUGGACUCUGACCUUGUGCUCGUCGACGACAUAGCAAAGCUUGCUGCAACUCCACUCAGAGACUCCAUUCUUGCUGCGCCGGAAUACUGCAACGCUAACUUCACCUUCUACUUUACACCUACUUUCUGGUCAAACCCAUCGCUCUCUUCAACUUUUGAUGACCGGAAACCUUGCUACUUCAAUACCGGAGUGAUGGUUAUGGACUUAGACAGGUGGCGUGACGGCGGAUACACGACAAAGAUAGAAGAAUGGAUGGAGUUGCAGAAACGUAUGAGGAUUUAUGAACUAGGUUCUUUGCCUCCAUUCUUGCUUGUUUUCGCCGGAAAGAUAGCUCCGGUGGAUCAUCGGUGGAACCAGCAUGGUCUCGGCGGGGACAAUUUUCGUGGGCUUUGUAGAGAUUUACAUCCCGGACCGGUGAGUUUAUUGCAUUGGAGUGGUAAAAGUAAGCCAUGGGUGAGACUUGAUGCGGAGAGACCAUGUCCAUUGGAUGCUCUUUGGGCACCUUAUGAUCUUUUGAAGCCUCCAUUUUCGUUUGAUUCUUGA